AUGCUCAACAUGUCCUGGCACAUGUUUUUGUAUUCGCUGCUGCUGCUGCUGCUGUUUCUGCUGUUGACAUGCUGUGGCAGUCAAGCUGCGGGGAGUGCCCCAGGGACGAGCAUUAAUUUGUUUACAGGAACGACACCGAUAACUGGUGCAAAGUGGGAGGAAGUGCAAUGCGUCGAAGGGUCAGUUCGCUCGCUUCGUGCCCCUAGCCUUGUGGAGGUGGACGGUGCUGUGUUUGCCGUUGCUGAGGCCCAGUGCAAGAAUGGAAGCGUCAGCUUCACUGGGAUUGUGUCACAGCACCUGAAGGGAAUUGGAACAGAACCGACUGAGAUUCCGAUGGGUGCGGGCACAGAUUCCUUUCACACGCAGCUGCUGAAGGAAGGUGACAACGAAAUGAAGGACACAGUGCGACCAACGACAAUUGUGAGUGGCAACAAUGUCUAUAUGCUGCUGGGAAGCUGCAGCCGUGCAACACAGGAGACCAGAGAGGCUGAUCGAAGUGGAUGUAAGCUUUUGCUGGUGAAGGGGAGUGUCACUGAGGGUGGAGAGAAGAAAGUACAGUGGAACGAGACCUAUGCGGUGGAGUUUGAGCUUGGACCCAAUCUUGCUGGAUCCUUGAGUCAUUUUUCUGCUGUCGGAGGAUCAGGUACUGUGAUGAGUGACGGCAUAGUUGUGUUUCCCGUGCAGGCCACAAAGAAUGAUGGGAAGAACGUUUUGCAGGCCGCGCACUUCACCCCGUCAGAGAAUAAAUGGGAGUCUUUGCUCGAUACGGAGGGUGAGGGUUGCCACAAUCCAUCGAUUGUGGAGUGGGGCGAAGUCGAUGACCGACGCAUCUUCAUGAUGGCUCCCUGCACGGAUGGCUCAUAUUACGUAUACAGGUCUUAUACGUCUUUGAAGGCUUGGCGUGACGGUGCGCCAAUUUCCCGCGUGUGGGGCAACUCACGUGAUAGAAAAGGGGAGGGCGUGCGAAGUGGUUUCAUCACUGCAACCAUCGAUGGAAAGAAGGUGAUGCUGCUCACCACGCCGGUGUAUUCUGAGGAGAAGGGAAAGGGUCAGCUGCAUCUUUGGAUGACAGACAAUGUCCGUGUGCACGACGUUGGGCCGGUAUCC